UUCGUGGCCGCACACUUGAGGAAUAAGGAAAUGCUACAAAAACAAAACCCUUUCAUCAUUUCUUCUCCACGACCUAAACCCAUUUCACUCUCCUCCUCGCUUAAACCCUAAUUAAACCCCUCUCACCAAAAUGAACAGCCUCCUCCUCCACUCACUCAAGCGAUCCAACCGACUCAAACUCGCACUCGCUUCUCUGACUCACCAGUCUCUCUCUCUUCUCAACCCACCCACCGGUCUCUCCUCAAAUACCCACAAUUUCUCCACACUUACACACAAUAUUCACACCGCAAAUCGGAUAAUUAACACUGCCAAAGCUCCGUCGGAGCUGAGUUUGAGGAGAUGGGUUCACAGCGACAUCGUUUUGAAUGUCAGGGCUACUCCCAGUGUGUCGAGAAUUUCGGCUGCGGUGGAUGAUUUUUCGGAUGAGGAUGUCAAGAAAGGAGGGGCUAGUAAGGAUGAGGAGGGUCUCGAGAUAUCGAAACUGGGGAUUGCGAGUGAGAUUGUUGAUUGUUUGGCUAAGAAGGGAAUUACUAAGCUUUUUCCUAUUCAGAGAGCCGUGCUCGAACCCGCAAUGCAGGGGCGUGACAUGAUAGGGCGAGCUAAAACUGGAACAGGGAAGACUCUUGCUUUUGGGAUUCCAAUUAUGGACAAAAUUAUUCAGUUCAACAAGAAGCACGGACAAGGAAGGUAUCCUCUGGCUUUAUGUUUGGCUCCAACUAGAGAGCUUGCUAGUCAAGUUGAAAAAGAAUUUUAUGAGUCGUGCCCAUUGGAAACAAUCUGUGCCUAUGGAGGCACUCCAAUUUCACGCCAAAUGAGUGCACUUGAUCAUGGCGCUGAUGUAGUUGUGGGAACACCGGGACGCGUUAUUGACUUAAUUAAGAGGGGUUCACUUAAUUUGUCAGAGGUCCAGUUUGUGGUUUUAGAUGAAGCUGAUCAAAUGCUUAAUGUUGGGUUUGCGGAUGAUGUUGAAACAAUAUUAAAGAAUCUCCCACUGAACCGUCAGACCUUAAUGUUCUCUGCCACAAUGCCAAAAUGGAUCGUUCAACUUACACGCAAGUACCUGAAAAAUCCGUUGACUAUUGAUCUAGUUGGAGAAAAUGAUCAAAAAUUAGCUGAAGGGAUCACACUAUAUUCAAUUGUAUCAGAUAUGCAUGACAAACCUGGAAUUCUUGGCCCACUAGUAACAGAACAUGCAAAUGGGGGCAAAUGCAUUGUGUUCACUCAAACUAAGCGUGAUGCUGAUCGAUUAGCAUAUGCAAUGAAGAAAAGCUUUCCAUGUGAGCCUCUGCAUGGGGACAUCACACAAGCUCAGAGGGAAAGAACUCUUGCAGGCUUUCGUAAUGGACAAUUCAAUGUUUUGAUUGCCACUGAUGUUGCUGCUCGUGGUCUGGAUGUACCUAAUGUUGAUUUGGUAAUUCAUUAUGAACUUCCAAAUUCUUCAGAGAUUUUUGUCCACCGUUCUGGUCGAACAGGUCGUGCUGGGAAGAAAGGAAGGGCAAUUCUUAUUCAUUCAUCAAACCAGUUGAGGGAUGUUAAGACUAUUGAAAGGGAUGUAGGAUGCCGGUUUUCAGAGCUAUCAAGUAUUAAGGUUGAUGCUGGAGCCAGAGACAUGUUCAGAGAAAUGGGUAGUGGCAGCCGUUUUGGAUCCUCUGGAAGUAGGGAUGGUGGUCGAUUUGGUAAUUCAGGUUAUGGUCGAUCCAGUAGUUAUGGUGGGUUUGGAAGUGGCGGUUCUGGAGGCUCGUCAUAUGGCCGUUCAGGCGGUUUUGGUGGGUCUUCAGGCCGAUCAAGUGGUGGGUUUGGUGGGUACGGUGGACAAAGUUCAAGUCGGUCGAGUGGCGGGUUUGGUGAAUCUGGAUCUAGAUCAAGCGGUGGGUUUGGUGGAUCAGGAUCUGGACGUUCGGGUGGUUUUGGUUCUAAUUCUGGACAUUCAGGUGGUUUUGGUAACCUGGGAGGCUCGGAUCGUUCAAGUAAUAGAACCCGAUCUGGUGGGUUUGGCUUUGGGAACAGCAAAUUAGAUGAUAGCAUCUUUUGAUUUUAUUGGAUGCAGGAAGCAAUGUUGGAGAAAAGAUGGUUUUCAAGAGGAGCCUCCAAAGAAUAAUGUCAUACACCUGUGAAGUUUUUUUAGAAGGGGAUAAGUUCAGGAAGUUGGCCCGGUAAUAUUGCAAAAUAUCUUGUUAUCCGGAGAAAUUAUAUUAGUAAUACCUGUUGCUUAGGUAGAAUAUUAGAUAUUAUAUAUGUUAUAUGUAAUGAACAUUUCACUGUGUGGUGAAACACUAUGAUCCUUUCACUCUUAUCUUGUUUAUAGUUUUGUACUCCCUUAAUUUCUAUAAGCAUCGUCUCUGAUCAAA